AUGAACGUGAUCAUCCGACGCGGCACCGCUCUGCCCAUCAAAGUCAGCAGCAACUUCACAACUAGCACGGACAACCAGACCGCCGUCACCAUACAGGUGUUUGAAGGGGAGAGGGCAUGGGCCAAGGACAACAACUUCUUAGGGCAGGUCGAGUUAUCGGGAAUUGACCCAGCUCCUAAAGGAAUCCCCCAAAUCACAGUGAACUUCCAAGUGGACUACAACGGAAUUCUCUACGUUACUGCCCAAGACAAGAACUCGGCCAAGGGGAAUCUCACAGUGCUCACAAAUAAAGGCCGACCCACUGCAGAUGACAUCCACCGAAUGAUCUUAGAGAUCGACGUGUUCAAGAUGGUCGAGGAAAAACAACGCCAGCGAUUGCUUCUGAUGAAUAAACUGGAGACUUACAUCUUUGAUGUCAAGCGGUUUAUAGAGAUCCAUGACGACCAGGUCAGGGUGGAGGACAGAACCAGGGCCAAGAAGGCAUGCGAAAAGGUCCUCAUCUGGCUGGAAUCAAACCGCCACGCCCCGAAAGAAGAUUUCCAACAGAAGCUUGUCAGUCUCAAGGCUAUCUGCUCACCGGUCAUAUCGCAACUGAUUGGCUGCUCUAGCUCUAGUUGA